GUGACACCCUUAGUGACGCCAGGCGCGUUCCUUCCUCUUCCUCUCUCCUCUCCGGCCCCGCCUUCCCUUCCCUCCGCCCACCUCCCCGAAGCGGAGCCGCCGUCGCCACCAGCGCCGUCAUGUCGGCCCCCGCCGGGUCCCCUCACCCGGCCGCCAGCGCCCGGAUCCCGCCCAAGUUCGGCGGAGCGGCCGCCUCAGGAGCCGCAGCGCCCGCGGGCCCGGGCCCCGCGCCGCACCAGCAGAACGAGACGGGGUUUCACCAUGUUGCCCAAGCUAGUCUUGAACUCCUGGACCCAAGCAAUCUGCCCGCCUCAGCCUCCCAAAUUGCCGGGAUUACAGGUCCAGCCCAGAAUCAAAUGCAGGUUCCAUCUGGAUAUGGAUUGCAUCAUCAAAACUAUAUUGCUCCCUCAGGACAUUACUCUCAAGGACCUGGGAAAAUGACCUCGUUGCCAUUGGAUACCCAGCGUGGUGAUUACUACUCUGCUCUCUAUACAGUACCAACACAAAAUGUGACUCCUAACACAGUGAACCAGCAACCAGGAGCACAGCAGAUGUACAGCAGGGGUCCUCCUGCCCCUCAUAUUGUGGGAUCCACUCUGGGAUCUUUCCAAGGUGCUGCAUCAUCAGCAUCCCAUUUGCAUACGAGUGCCUCCCAACCAUACUCCUCUUUUGUGAAUCACUACAAUAGUCCAGCCAUGUACUCUGCCAACUCUUCUGUUGCGUCUCAGGGAUUUCCCUCUACUUGUGGUCAUUAUGCUAUGUCAACUGUUUCUAAUGCCGCGUAUCCUAGUGUUUCAUAUCCCUCUCUGCCUGCUGGUGAUACAUAUGGGCAAAUGUUUACCUCACAGAAUGCUCCGACUGUUAGGCCAGUUAAAGAUAAUUCAUUCUCUGGUCAAAAUACAGCUAUCAGCCAUCCAUCGCCACUUCCACCUCCACCAUCACAACAGCACCACCAGCAGCAAAGUCUUUCAGGAUACAAUACUCUAACGUGGUCAGCUCCAGGCCUUCCAUCGACUCAAGACAAUCUCAUCCGAAACCACACAGGAUCCCUGGCUGUAGCGAACAACAACCCAACCAUUACUGGUAGUUUCUUCUCUUCAAUUGCAGAUUCUUUAUCCUGUCUUGUUAUGCAAAAUGUUCAGCCUCCCAAGUCCAGCCCAGUGGUAUCCACUGUUUUAUCAGGAUCCUCAUCAACAAGAACACCUCCCACUGCAAAUCACCCAGUUGAGCCUGUGACCUCAGUUACACAGCCAUCAGAGCUAUUACAACAAAAAGGCAUGCAGUAUGGUGAAUAUGUUAAUAACCAAGCUAGCUCCGCACCAACUCCCUUGUCAUCAACUUCCGAUGAUGAGGAAGAGGAGGAGGAGGAUGAGGAAGCAGGUGUUGACAGCUCUUCUACCACAAGCAGUGCUUCUCCAAUGCCCAACAGUUAUGAUGCCCUGGAAGGAGGCAGUUACCCAGAUAUGCUUUCUUCAUCAGCAAGCAGUCCUGCUCCUGAUCCCGCCCCUGAACCUGAUCCUGCUUCUGCUCCAGCUCCAGCUUCAGCUCCAGCUCCUGUCAUCCCUCAGCCUUCAAAAAUGGCUAAGCCUUUUGGCUAUGGCUAUCCAACACUUCAGCCUGGUUAUCAGAAUGCUACAGCACCACUUACUUCUGGAGUACAGCCCAGUAACCCAGUAUAUUCUGGAUUCCAGCAAUAUCCUCAAUAUCCUGGUGUCAACCAGCUAUGCUCCAGUAUAGGAGGAUUGAGUCUUCAGAGUUCUCCACAACCAGAAAGCCUGAGACCUGUAAACCUCACUCAGGAGAGGAAUAUUUUACCCAUGACUCCUGUUUGGGCCCCUGUACCUAACUUGAAUGCAGACCUCAAAAAAUUAAACUGUAGCCCAGAUUCAUUUCGGUGUACUUUGACAAAUAUUCCACAGACACAGGCUUUACUGAAUAAAGCUAAGCUUCCUUUAGGAUUGUUGUUACAUCCCUUCAGAGACCUAACGCAAUUACCAGUGAUAACAUCAAAUACCAUUGUGAGGUGCCGAUCUUGUCGAACAUAUAUUAACCCCUUUGUAUCCUUCAUUGAUCAACGUAGAUGGAAAUGCAAUUUGUGCUAUAGAGUUAAUGAUGUUCCUGAAGAAUUUAUGUAUAACCCUCUUACCCGAUCUUAUGGAGAGCCUCAUAAACGACCAGAAGUUCAGAAUUCAACUGUGGAGUUCAUUGCUUCUUCAGAUUACAUGCUGCGUCCUCCUCAACCUGCAGUUUACUUGUUUGUUUUAGAUGUGUCUCAUAAUGCAGUGGAAGCUGGAUAUUUGGCAAUUUUGUGCCAGUCACUCUUAGAAAAUCUAGACAAGCUUCCUGGAGAUUCACGAACAAGAAUAGGAUUCAUGACCUUUGAUAGCACUAUUCAUUUCUACAAUUUACAAGAAGGAUUAUCACAGCCUCAAAUGUUGAUUGUGUCGGAUAUAGAUGAUGUCUUUCUACCUACACCGGAUAGUUUACUUGUGAAUCUGUAUGAAAGUAAAGAGCUUAUAAAAGACUUGCUGAAUGCAUUACCAAAUAUGUUCACCAAUACAAGAGAAACACACAGUGCCCUUGGUCCUGCACUUCAGGCUGCCUUUAAAUUAAUGUCUCCGACAGGUGGCCGUGUGUCUGUAUUUCAGACACAGUUACCUUCCUUGGGUGCAGGACUUCUGCAGUCCAGAGAAGAUCCUAAUCAGAGAUCAAGUACAAAGGUGGUACAACAUCUUGGCCCUGCAACUGAUUUUUAUAAGAAACUUGCAUUAGAUUGCUCGGGACAGCAAACUGCAGUGGAUUUGUUCCUUUUAAGUUCACAGUAUUCUGAUCUUGCCUCUCUAGCUUGCAUGUCCAAGUAUUCUGCAGGGUGCAUCUAUUAUUAUCCAUCAUUCCACUAUACUCACAAUCCUUCACAAGCAGAAAAGUUACAAAAAGACCUAAAACGGUAUCUCACAAGAAAAAUUGGGUUUGAAGCUGUUAUGAGAAUAAGGUGUACUAAAGGUCUUUCAAUGCACACUUUUCAUGGUAACUUCUUUGUUCGUUCUACUGAUUUGUUAUCCCUUGCCAACAUCAAUCCUGAUGCUGGAUUUGCGGUGCAGUUGUCAAUUGAAGAAAGUUUAACAGAUACUUCCUUAGUAUGUUUUCAAACAGCCCUAUUAUAUACAUCAAGCAAAGGUGAGCGGAGAAUUAGAGUACAUACACUUUGUUUGCCAGUGGUAAGUUCACUAGCAGAUGUAUAUGCGGGAGUGGAUGUACAAGCUGCCAUCUGCCUUCUGGCAAACAUGGCUGUGGAUCGGUCCGUUUCAUCAAGUCUAUCAGAUGCAAGAGAUGCCUUAGUGAAUGCUGUAGUGGACUCAUUGUCUGCAUAUGGCUCAACUGUCUCAAAUUUACAGCACUCUGCAUUGAUGGCGCCCAGCUCCCUGAAGUUGUUUCCUCUCUAUGUUUUGGCCCUUCUCAAACAGAAAGCAUUUAGAACGGGUACAAGCACACGGCUGGAUGAUCGUGUAUACGCCAUGUGUCAGAUAAAGUCUCAGCCGCUUGUUCAUCUAAUGAAAAUGAUUCAUCCCAACUUAUACAGGAUAGACAGAUUGACAGAUGAGGGUGCAGUACAUGUUAAUGACAGGGUUGUACCACAGCCACCUCUUCAAAAAUUGUCUGCAGAGAAGCUGACAAGAGAAGGUGCUUUCCUUAUGGACUGUGGCUCUGUUUUUUACAUUUGGGUUGGGAAAGGCUGUGACAAUAACUUCAUAGAGGAUGUGCUUGGAUAUCCUGAUUUUGCAUCAAUACCACAGAAAAUGACACAUCUUCCAGAGCUAGAUACACUUUCAUCAGAAAGAACCAGAUCCUUCAUAACUUGGCUUAGAGACAGCAGACCAUUAAGUCCAAUCCUUCACAUAGUAAAAGAUGAGAGUCCUGCCAAAGCAGAAUUUUUUCAGCAUUUGAUUGAAGACCGGACAGAGGCUGCAUUUUCUUACUAUGAAUUUUUGCUUCAUGUUCAGCAGCAGAUUUGUAAGUGAAUUAAAAUAAAAUUGAAUAAGAAAAAGAUCUGUAACCUAGGUAAAGCAUAACCUGUCAGAGAAGCGCGUGAGAAACUUGAAAUGAAGACAUUUGUUAAUACAAGAUGCAACGCACAGCACUCUGUCUGAGGCUUUGGUAAAAAGUAAAGGGGAAGAAAGAACUUGACAGAUCUUUUUCAACUCAAAUUAAUGGUAACGACGAUGCUGUUUCACCAAGUAUAUUUUGAAUUGGUUUCUACACAUUUCCAGUAGUAUGGCAGUACAGUGCUCUGUUAAUUGCAAGCUGGCAAAUUUAUGUAGCUAUGUGGAAUGAUAUGUCAUAUUGUAAAAUUAGAUAAAUUCUUUUUUCUUAUAAUUAAUAUAACAUUUCUGGACUUGAACUCUGGCAAGAGAUGCCAAAAGGCAGUGGUACCGUGUUAUUUGUUUAUAUGAAUUACUUUUUAACAAGGAAUGUUUCUUAUUCAUCAAAUGAAUUCAACAUUUUCUCUGUAAAAACAAUAGAGUUUCAGUACAUGAACUAUAGAAAAAAAUCUAUAUAUAAUGUACAUAAAUGUUACAUUUGUAAAGAAAAUGUAAAAAUGUAACUAUAGAAUAUGAAUUGCUUAAACUGUGCUGCAUUGUUGGAUGACAACUCUUUGUCACAGUUAGAGAAUGAGGUUGACUAAUGCAUAUUAUGAAUUGAGUCCACAAAGGAACACAAAACUCUUUGUAAUUCUGUUAAAUCUUUUAUGUGGAUUUAUUUAUGAUCAGCCUACUAAUUAAAACUAUUUCGCUUGA